AACACUAGAUUUGUAAUGAAAUGGAGUCUGGAUCAAGCUCUUUUCGAGUGGAAUUUCCAGAUUUUUCUAGCACCAUUUUGCAGAAGUUGAACCAACAGCGCCAACAAGGACAAUUAUGUGAUGUGUCCAUUGUAGUUCAGGGCCAUCUCUUCAGAGCCCAUAAAGCUGUCCUUGCAGCUAGUUCACCUUACUUCUGUGACCAGGUGCUCCUGAAAAACAGCAGGCGAAUAGUCCUGCCUGAUGUGAUGAAUCCAAGAGUAUUUGAAAACAUUCUUCUGUCCACCUAUACAGGUCGGUUGGUUAUGCCUGCUCCAGAAAUUGUGAGUUAUUUGACAGCAGCAAGUUUUCUUCAGAUGUGGCAUGUAGUAGAUAAAUGCACUGAAGUGCUAGAGGGGAACCCAACAGUUCUCUGUCAGAAGAUGAACCAUGGCAGUGAUCAUCAGUCCCCAAGUAGUAGUAGUUACAAUGGCCUUGUUGAAACCUUUGAACUUGGCUCUGGAGGACAGACAGAAUUCCACAAGGUGCAGGAGCUGAGGGAUGGUGAAAAUGAAGAAGAAAGUUCUAAAGAUGAACUGUCAUGUCAACUAACAGAACAUGAGUACCUUCCCAGUAAUUCUUCAACAGAACAUGAUAGACUCAGCACAGGAAUGACAAGUCAGGAUGGUGAAGAAGGGACUAGCGAUAGUGCAGAGUAUCAGUAUACAAGACCGAUGUAUAGCAAACCCAGCAUCAUGUCUCACAAGCGGUGGAUCCAUGUGAAACCAGAAAGAUUUGAACAGGACUGCGAGGGUGUUGAUAAUCCAUAUGAUGAACACCAAGUUUCUGAAUCCGUGAAUGCCAUUCAGGCAGAACAUUCAAUCCAGUCGUCAGGUGUGGAAGACUUUCAUAUAGGUGACAAGAAGAUGGAGGCAGAAUUUGAUGAGCAGGCAGAUGAAAGCAAUUACGAUGAGCAAGUUGACUUCUAUGGCUCUUCUAUGGAGGAAUUUUCUGGUGAAAGGGCAGAUGGAAAUUUAAGUGCUCACAGACAGGAUAUUAUGAUAGCAGGCUAUGGUGAAGGUAUUGAAAUGGCUACAGGAAUUAAAGAAGAAACGUCCCUCACUGGUUUCUCACAUGCUGAUAAGCUGUAUCCUUGUCAGUGCGGUAAAAGCUUUACACACAAGAGUCAACGAGAUCGACAUAUGAGUAUGCACCUUGGUCUUCGACCUUAUGGCUGUGGUGUCUGUGGUAAGAAAUUCAAAAUGAAACACCAUCUUGUUGGCCAUAUGAAAAUUCAUACAGGUAUAAAACCGUAUGAGUGUAAUAUCUGUGGCAAAAGAUUUAUGUGGCGGGACAGUUUUCACCGGCAUGUAACUAUUUGUACCAAAUCAUAUCAAGCUUCUAAAGCUGAGCAGAGUACUACUGAGAUGAGAACUCCUGGAUACUUGGGAAAAUUACACCUUACAUCAGUAGAAAUGGACAGCAGCAGUUUCAUUCAGUUUGAUGUGCCUGAGUACAGCAACACUGUUCUGAGCCAAUUAAAUGAACUCCGCUUGCAAGGAAAGCUAUGUGACAUAAUUGUGCAUAUUCAGGGUCAGCCAUUUCGAGCCCAUAAAGCAGUUCUAGCUGCCAGUUCUCCAUAUUUCCGUGACCAUUCAGCAUUAAGUACCAUGAGUGGCUUAUCAAUAUCAGUUAUUAAAAAUCCCAACGUUUUUGAACAGUUGCUUUCAUUUUGUUACACUGGAAGGAUGUCCUUGCAGCUAAAGGAUGUUGUCAGUUUUCUAACUGCAGCUAGCUUUCUACAAAUGCAGUGUGUCAUUGAUAAAUGCACACAAAUACUGGAGAGUAUUCAUUCAAAGAUCAGUGUUGGUGAUGUUGACUCUGUCACUGUUGGUGCUGAAGAAAAUUCAGAAAAUCGCAACGGAGUUAAAGACAGCAGCUAUUUUGCCAGUCCUAUUGAGAUAUCUCCCCCCUAUUGCUCUCAGGUGCGACAGUCAACAGCAGGCAGUGAUCUUAGGAUGGAAACUACUCCAGGCAAAACUCUACGCAGUCGUCUGCAAGAAGAAGGGCAUUCGGAUCGAGGAAGCAGUGGGAGUAUGUCUGAGUAUGAGAUUCAGAUUGAAGGUGAUCAUGAGCAAGGAGACCUAAUAGUAAGGGAAAGUCAAAUUGCAGAGGUGAAGGUUAAAAUGGAAAAGGCUGACAGACCAAGCUGCUCCGAUAGCUCUUCCCUUGGUGAUGAUGGAUAUCAUACUGAAAUGGUGGAUGGAGAGCAAGUGGUGGCAGUCAAUGUUGGUUCCUAUGGGUCUGUGUUACAACACGUUUAUUCAUUUACCCAUGCCUCAUCACAGGCUACAGGUGAAGCCUUUGGAAGCCUAAGCAAUUCAAGUCCUUCAAGGUCUAUGCUGAGCUGUUUCAGAGGGGGGCGUGCACGCCAAAAACGGGUGUCCAGUGGUCACUUGCAUAGUGAUGUUCAGAGCCUGGUGCAAGGGACUGACAGUGAAACCAUGGUGAGUAACCCAGGAUAUGAAAAUAGUCCACGGGAAAGAAAUGCAAGAGGUCAUUGGUAUCCAUAUAAUGAGAGGCUGAUUUGUAUCUACUGUGGAAAGUCUUUCAACCAGAAAGGGAGCCUUGAUCGACACAUGAGAUUGCACAUGGGAAUAACUCCUUUUGUGUGCAAGUUUUGUGGGAAGAAAUAUACCCGUAAGGACCAACUUGAGUAUCAUAUUCGUGGUCACACAGAUGACAAGCCCUUUCGCUGUGAGAUCUGCGGAAAAUGUUUUCCUUUUCAGGGUACUCUAAACCAGCAUUUGCGAAAGAAUCACCCUGGGGUAACAGAAGUACGAAACCGGGUAGAGUCUCCAGACAGAACAGAGGCAUUUGUAGAACAGAAAGGAGAUAAUGAUGUUUCAGUUUCUGAAGCUAUGGAUUCUAGUAUGGAAAUUCAUUCACUGUCUAACACAUCUGAUUAAAAUCCUACAUUCUAAAUGCAACCCAAACAAGCACAUUAAUGAUACAUUUUUAAUUUUUUUUAUUCUUUCAGUAAUCUUC